GCGCAGUACGCUUCGAUUAUUCGAGAGCCGGCAGCUACAGGGGAUUGAGCAGUCGUGCGAGUUGAAAUCAAAGUAUUUUUGUUUUCUUGUCAAGUUGGUGUAUGUCAACUGUGGAUCUUGUAAAGGCAAGGCAGGACUGCCCUGAGCCUGUCCUGCGAUGGUCCUGUGGCCAAGCCUGAUGUCGUAGGGCCUUUCCAUACUAGUGUGAAGAUGGGCAGUCCAGAUGUGCCAUGUUGACCAUCCCUCCUCUGGGGUGCAAGUGGGCCUUGCCUCAUGCAGUCCAGUCUUCUCUGCAUCAACUUGCCCCAGAAGCCAUUCCAUUUUUGAAAGGCCUAUCAAAAUGAGCCGAAGUUCCAAGGAUGGUCGUUGGUGUGCGUUGGCCAGGCCGAGAUCUUUUGGCCCCCUGGACGAUGAGCCCUUUCAUUACCCUAUGAUGUGGCCUGCCUAAACUGUUAGAGCCCUUUACAUCCAUGCCCAUUUUGCGAGCCUUGGCCUGGGUGGCCAGCUGUCGGUGUCGCGUGCAAACAAUGUGUACCAAUUGCGGGUGUGGUGAGGACCUGUGUGCGGGUGGCCAGGCAGAACACCCUCACAACUUCCUGUGACCAAUCAUAGCCAUUCUCUGCCACAGCACUUGCAGAAGAAAUCUGAGCAAUAUGACGCGUAUCUAUGUAGGAGGCAUUCCAUCUGAUUGUCGGGAGAAAGACCUCGACAGGUUCUUCCGCAACUAUGGCAGGCUCAGAGAUUGCCUCAUCAAGAAUGGCUAUGCUUUUGUGGAGUUUGAAGACAGCCGUGAUGCUGAUGAUGCUGUUUACGAGAUGAAUGGGCGCGAGUUGCUUGGUGCCCGCGUCUCUGUGGAACAUGCCAGAGGAGUGCCACGGCGAGGAGAGGUAUAUCGUGAUCGUCGUCCUCCGCCUUCAUCAUGGAGUGACCGCAGCAGUAGACCCGCUGCCAGAGGGCUGGGCGGUGGAUACGGCCCACCACCUGACGCCCGGUACGGCCCUCCCAUGCGCACCCCUUAUCGAGUGCUCGUGGAGAACUUGUCGUCGCGCAUCAGCUGGCAGGACCUAAAAGAUUACAUGAGGAAAGAGGCCGACGUCACGUUUGCUGACGCCCACAGGCAUGCCAGAAAUGUUGGUAUCGUGGAGUUUGCCUCGUACUCUGACAUGCAGCGCGCCAUUGAUCGCCUGGACGAUACCGAGUUAAUGGGACGACGCAUCAAGCUCAUCGAUGACUACAACAGAGGGUCAAGAUCUCGUUCUCGACGUCGCAGAUCGCGAACGAGGUCUCGAUCACGUUCAGGAUCUCGUCGUCGCCGCUCCUACUCAUCAUCUCGAUCGCGCUCUAGGUCACGUAGAAGGUCCCGAUCACGUUCAAGGUCUCGUUCGAGGAAGAACACCAAACGGUCGAGCCGAUCACGAUCACGUUCACGAUCAAGGUCAAAGGAUUCGGCGAAGCGAUCGCACUCCAAGUCUAAGAGCCCAGAGAAGGAAGGGUCCAAGUCAAGGUCCCGUUCUCCAACAAAGGAAAGCCCAGAGAAGUCGACCAAUUCGGCGAACCAGAACGGAAAACGCGCGCACUCUCACUCCAAGUCGCGCUCCAAGUCUCGUUCUGCUGAACACAGCCCUUCUCCUAAGAAGGCCAGGCAGUCGCGCUCUCGAUCGCGAUCUGUGUCCCGUUCACGAUCACGGUCUGGAGGAAGAGACUACGACGACAGAUCGCGGUCAAGGUCCCGCUCAAGAACUCGAUCUCGGUCACCGGCGGAGAGAAAUGGUGACGAAUAAUGGGAGAGGAAUUUGACCGUCAUGUUGAACCGGAAAUUGGUAUGUGGCCAUAGUGCACUAUGCACAUGGUAAGCUAGGUCAUCUUAAGUUAUGUUGACUAUGUUUUUCUUUGCGUAGAAAGGCUUGAAUUCUUAUUUUCCAGUUUUCCAUGUAUAACCAUUUGUAACGAAUAGAAUUAAAGGUGUAAUGUUCCACGUCUACGCAUAUUCUUAAAAUAUACCUUACAGGAUGUAAACGUUAUCUAUA